GACCCAAGACAACUGGGUUUGGACUUUGCAUUUGUGGGACGAUGACGCACCUGUGAGCCCUGGCCCCACCCUACCCAGCCUUCCUAUCUGGAAGCCAUCAUCCAGCCCUAGACAGACCAGGAAAAUUAGGGAAGUAGAUCUUGAGGGGAUGAGGGCCCUGGGGAGGUCCUAGGUGGGAGUGGACCCACUGGGAAAUGAAGACUGACCACUGGAAAAGAUAACAGCGCUGUUAAGCCACGGCUGGCCUCUGUCUCUCUUUAUUACUUCUUUCUGCUCCAAGCAAACUGGAGACACCUAGGUCUGCUCUUCACCUGCCAGACUGAGAGGAGGCCGCUGGCCCUUCCUCCUCCACCAGAGCCAGAAUGCGGAGUUACCUGUCUCUUUUGCCCAUCUUGCUGGCAGUGUGGGCUAUUGCUGGUGUCUGGCUUGUUUUUGCCAUUGCUGUGAUCAACAGGGAUGUGGACCUCACCAUAAACUUCCCCUUCAUCAGCCAGUGUGGAACUUUCCCACCCCAGAGUUGCAUUUUCAGCCAGGUCCUCAACACCGGAGCUGCUAUGGUUGUCUGGAUCUGCAUUGUGCGUUACCACCAGCUCCGAGACUGGGGAGUCAGGAAGUGGACCAACCAGCUGAUCUUGUGUUCUGGGAUCCUGUGCGCUUUGGGGACCUCCAUAGCUGGCAACUUCCAGGAAAAGAACCAGAAGCCCACACACCUGGCCGGAGCCUUCCUUGCCUUUAUUGAGGGUAACAUGUACUUCUGGCUGCAGAUCGUUCUCUUCUGGUGGAAGGGCCUGUCCCAGCCUGGGGCCCCCUGGAUGGCUUGGUUGCGCCUGGGUCUCUGCAGCCUCUGCAGCAUACUCAUCGUGACCAUGCUGGCCCUGUCCUCAGCCGCCUGCGAGUGGGCUGUGGCCAUGCUGCUCUUCUUCCUCUUUGGCCUCCUCGCUGUGGACUUCUCUGUUCUGGAUGGCUGCACCCUGUGCCUUCAGCCCCAGCUGAGUCCCAGGCUCCAGCCCCAGGCUCUGGCCUGCCUUGACCUCAGCUCCCUGACCCCAGCCUCCCCCGAGACACUGCAGACCCAGCUGCCACAUGCCCUCUGACUGGGAGGGCCUCACCUCAUGGGAGAAGAAAUGGGGCUGACCUCUGGUUGUCCCCAAGAUGAGCCAGUGGGGGUCUCCCCA